UAAAUAAUAUUAAAUAACGACAAACAAACAUUUAAAACAAAUCAAAAUAUAUAAAUAGAUAGAAUUUAUAUGAAAUAUUAUAAAAAAUUAGUAAAUUGUUGCAGCAAAAAAAUCAAAAUAAAUACAUUAAGUAAUUAAUUAAGGACGACGAUACCACAGCAUACAGGAAACAAACAACAUAAAGCCUUUCAUUGAUGCCUUUUUGGAUAUUUACGAAUCUAUAAAAAAAAUCGAGAGAAUUUUAUCACGAGAAAUUUGAAUGCAAGAGAUUAUUUGAGUCAAUUUGUUAUGAGUCAAUUUUCAAACCGCCAGCCACAACACGAAUAUGAAUGGAGUGAACCCAGGCCACCGAUUCCAGGGAAAGAAAGUAGACAAAAGUUGACUGAGGGAAUGGAGUACAGCGGCGAAGGAUGUUCUUACAAAUCGACGCCGUCGUGUUUCAAAUGGGCAACGUCGUUAUCGGCCCUUCUCCAGGACCCUGCGGGAGUCCAAUUAUUCAAACAAUAUGCCGAGUCAGAAGGCGGCAUUCACGCGGACUGGCUAAAAUUCUAUUUUGCCUGCGAGGGACUUAAGCAGCAAGUGGAUCCGGAAAAAAUUAAACAAAUUAUUGGUGCAAUUUACAAAUUUCUCAAGAAAAGUCAAUUAGUGAUCCCCGACAACAUUCGAUAUGCCAUCAAAAGUGCACAGCACGGCGAAAUUGUGCUGCAACCGGACCUUUUUGACCAAAUGCAAAUGGAUGUCGAGUACUCCAUAAGUAGCGUGACUUACCGAAACUUCCUGCAAUCGGACAUGUACUUGCGUUACGUGCAAAAUUUCAGUCAACCGUCGCAGGCAGCGUCAUAUGCGGCGCAACAAGCGUAUCUUUCGGCCUCAAAUAGCUCCUCAAACAGCUCCGAGGAGCAAUCAAAGUUAGUGUCGCGCAGUUCAACGUUACCAACGCUGCACGAGGACUCGGAAUGUCUCAAUUACGGAAGCGGAUCCGACAUUGAGAUCAGUAACACGGGCACGAUUGGGCGAAAAAGUACCAUGACAAUGUCUUUGACGCGAGAAGCGCUCAUGGCGACGGAACGAAGACGACUGGAAAUGCGACCUGCAGGAGUGCACAAUGUUUCCGCGUAUACCGGAUAUUCGUCUUAUAUUCCCGUGUCACGGAGAGAUUCGGAAAUUCAAAGUAUGAGUUCCGGCAGAACUGAUUCCGAUACUAUGUCUCUGUCGGGAAUGUCAAAUGAUGGUCGCCCUCACUACCCACGAAAACAUCACUAUGCUUCCAUGGAAAUGGGAAUGGAAAAGCGCAUGAUGAAAGAGAUUAUGAACGAGAAUGCUGCAAUGAACGAGCCAGCGAUGAUUCCACGAACAAAAAUCGUUGAUGCCAAGAAGAAAAUGAUCGUUAGUCCGAAUGAUCUCUUCAAAGAACUCUUGCCAAAAUUGGAACAAGUCAAAAAGGAACAAGAACAAAAUGAAAAGUUGGCACAAAAACUUCAGCAGGCUGACUUGACGAACAAAUCCCUUGCUGAAGCCCUGCGCGAGCGACUUAUGGUUGAAGAUCAGCCCGAUCAGGAUAUUCUAGACCAGCAUGUAUCUAGAGUAUUUUCGGAUCUAACGCCGGUGCUGCAAUCGCCCGGAAAUGCAACGCCAGGCCCGAGUCAGCAACAUUCGCAGCAACAACAACAACAACAAGGACGAAAACGACAACCGAUCGACGUGAAUAUGUUUGUGCCCUGUUCAAGUACACAAUCGUCGAUGCGUCAUUCGAAGUCAGUGCCUGAUGGACAAAGAAAGCUGUGCAAUAAAUGGCCAUCCAUGAAUACGGAUAGUGGAAUUAGUCUUUUGUCCACAGAUACUUGGUCGAAAUAUAAGGAUACACCGAGUGCCAUGCAUAAGUCGUUAAAUACCUUCAGCAAUUAUUCGGAAAUGUCGUUGGCUCCAAGUGCUUCCUCGGCGAUGACUUUAGAUGAUACGAAACGAAAAAUUGAGGAAGAGAAUAAAAAAUUAGCGAACAAGCGAUACUUGCCUCCUCCGCCAGCGCCGCCUGCCCAAAACGUGACGAUUCUUCCGCCUGCCAUACCUGCCAAACCGCAACAAUCUCUCAUACAAGACUCCUCCAGUUAUACCAUUGCUGUGUAUUCAUUUUGUGACGAAGAUGUUCCGUACAGAAUUAAAUUACCGGGCAGCGCGCCGCCAACACUCAAACAAUUCAAGGACAAUUUACCCAAGAAAGGCAAUUACAGAUUUUUCUUCAAAACACGCUGUGACGACGUCGAUAGCGGCGUAAUUCAGGAAGAGAUUAACAACGACAAUGAAGUACUGCCAUUGUUCGAGGGAAAAGUCAUGGGAACAGUAAAGUCUGCAGAUCAAUAAUUUUUAAUUUUUAAUAGACUUACACAACAAAAUUUAAAUUAUUUUACACACAAGAACAAAAAAAAUGCCAGAAAACGAAAAUCAAAAUAGUGGAUAAGCAAUAAAAAAAAUUUGUAUGUAUUUGUAAAAAUUUAUAUUUUUACUGAAA